CCCCGGCGGCCAUGUCUCAGCGCGGCCUCGACCGCGACCGGGAUCGCGAUUUGCAGUGGUCGGCCCGCAGGAUGGGGACCUCCUUGUUGCUGCAGCUGUCGGCCCACGAGCGGGAGCUGGAUCUGGUGUGCUUGGACCACAGCUACGCCAAGCCUUGGAGCGCUCACCCCGAUGCCAGCGCGGCCAGGCCCACCAGGAUGCUGUUCCUCACCCCCCGGCGGCAGCCCGGAGUUGCUCUGGAGGCCGACGUCCCCAUCGACGUGGAGACGGUGACGGCCACGCCGGUGCCGCUGUACGACAACCAGAAGGCUCGCAGCGUGAUGAACGAGUGCGAGCGGCACGUCAUGUUCGCCCGCACCGACGCCGACGCCCCGCCGCCCCCCGACGACUGGGAGGAGCACCUCAACCGGACGGGCUGGACACUGGCCCAGAACAAGCUCUUCAACAAGAUCCACAAGGCGCUGCAGUCGGACCGGCUGGCCCGGCUGGCCAACGAGGGGGCCUGCAACGAGCCGGUGCUGCGGAGGAUAGCUGUGGAUAAGUGUGCCCGCAGGGUGCGCCAGGCCCUGGCCAGCGUCAACUGGGACACCAAACUCAUCCAGUGGCUUCACACCACCCUGGUGGAAACCCUCAGCUUGCCUGUGCUGGCUGCUUACCUGGAUGCCCUGCAGACACUGAAAGGAAAGAUCCCCACCCUGAUUGACAGGAUGCUGCUCUCCUCCACUGCCAAGACAGGGGCAGCAGGGGCUGAGGCUCUGUCCCUGCUGCUGAAGAGACCUUGGGACCCAGCUGUGGGUGUCCUGUCACAUAACAAACCAAGCAAGCUGCCUGGAUCCCCUCUCAUCCUCAUCGCCUCCUCCGGACCCUCCAACUCCCUGUUCCCCACCUCCCGGCGCCACCGCUUCUGGCAGUCCCAGCUCUCCUGCCUGGGCAAGGUGAUCCCCAUCACCACUCACCUGCUGAACAACGGCAGCGGGGUGGGAGUGCUGCAGUGCCUGGAGCACAUGAUCGGAGCCGUCAGGGCCAAAGUGGCUGAGAUUCACAGCCACUUCUCCCACAAGCCUAUCAUCCUGAUUGGGUGGAACACGGGGGCCUUGGUGGCCUGUCACGUGUCAGUGCUGGAGUACGUCACAGCCGUGGUGUGCCUUGGCUUCCCCCUGCUCACCGUCGAUGGCCCCAGAGGGGACGUGGAUGACCCUCUCCUGGAGAUGAAGACCCCUGUCCUCUUCGUCGUCGGGCAGAAUUCCCUGCAGUCCAACGUCGAAGCCAUGGAGGAUUUCAGGGAGAAAAUCCGAGCGGAUAACAGCAUGGUGGUGGUGGGAGGAGCAGAUGACAGCCUCAGGAUAAGCAAAGCCAAAAAGAAGUCAGAAGGCCUAACCCAGAGUAUGGUGGACAGAUGCAUCCAGGAUGAAAUCGCUGACUUCCUGACUGGAGUCCUCACCCGAGCCGAGAGCCACUCGGGCUCCGACCCCCGCGACCUGGAUGCUGAGAAGAAGAAGAAGCCAAGGGACUGCUCCAGGAGGGACCUGUCCUUUGAGCUGCCCGAGAGGAGCAGCAGGCCUGCCUCGCCUGCAGCCAAAGUGCCGGCCUCACCCUCAGGCUCCGAGGACUUAUCCAGUGUCUCCAGCAGCCCUACCUCAAGCCCCAAGACAAAGAUUGCUGCUGUGUCCUCCAUCCAGAAGCCCAGCCCCAUGGGCACCACACAGCUGCUCAAGAGGCAGGUGCAGAGGAUGGAUGCUGUCCUGGCACACAAGCAGGCACAAGCUCAGUUUGCUGCUUUUCUGAAACAAAACAUGCUGGGCAGGAAAGCUCUUCCUCCUGGCACCUCUUCAUGUCUCUUUGUUCCAGUCUCCUCAGAGCACUUGGCAGGGGGUGACAAAGAUGAUGGACGGACAGCACUCAAGAGGCAUCGAGCUCCCAGCCCACCCCAGUGCGCCAAGGCCUCCAAGCGAGCCAAAAUCAAGGUGACCAUUGUCCCUUCUGCUGACAGCACAGGAGCAGCCCUCAGCACCCAGCCUGAAAUGGUCGCUGGGAAGCCGCUGCCCAUGGCCGUGGGCCACGCUGUGGCAGGCGCAAAGGAGCUGUCAGGACUGCUCACCACCCCCAAGCUGAGCUCAGCAGCAGAGAGCUCCUGCAGCAGCCCUGCUGCCUCAGCCCUCAUCCCCAGCACGGCGCCCAGCGCGUUCCACGCCCUGCAGAGCAGGCUGGUGGCCAGCAGCAGCCACGGGCUGCCGGCCCAGCCAGCCAGCACCCUCCAAGGAGCAGCCUCUGCCAGCAGCCUGCUGCAAGGGCUGAGCUUCAGCCUGCAGGACAUUGGCACCAAGUCCUCAUCCCUGCCUGCCAGCGUGGCCGCAGCGGCGUCACCAGUGCAGAGCUCAGCUGUGAAGAGCCCUGCACCUAUCCAGAGCCUGAGUGCCAUGACCACAGGCACUGGCACGAUCGUCCGCACCAUCCCUGUCGCCACCUCCUUGUCCCUGGGAGCCUCAGCCAGUGGGAAGCCCACAGCCAUUCACCAGCUGCUGACCAAUGGGGGCCUGGCAAAGCUGGCCAGCAGCCUCCCUGGCCUGGCCCAGAUCUCCAACCAGGCAGCAGGCUUGAAGGCCCCAACCACCAUCACUGUGACGCUGCGUGGGCAGCCCAGCAGAGUGACCACCCUGAGCCAGGCCACCAUGGGCACUGUCCAGCCCCAGCUGGAGGAGCAGCCCAUGCAGACCCAGGCACCUCAGUGAGCAGCAGCAGCCCCAUGGAGCUGCUCUACAUCAGGUCUGGCACCAGGCUCUCGGUG